UGCACAGAAUGUACCAGUAUGUGCAUUUUGUCCACUACAGGUCCUUUUGUGGACAAAAUGAUACAUGACACAAACGGCGCCCCAUGGUAUUUCAUCAUGGUCUAAUCAGGACUUGGGUUUGUCGUACUUAAAUCUUGGGUAACGUUUUAGUUGGCCACUUGCUCUGACAGUCAAAGUCCUCGAUUACCCAAGUGGUGAAAUGUAAUAGUACAGGAGUUGACAAUACUAAACCAAGGUUACUAAUUUAACUAACGAAACUCAUUACUCUUCUUCGCUGAAGAGAAAAUUGUAAGAGGAAAAAAGGCACCAAUCAACCACCAUCCAGCAUCAAAAAUGAACAACUUCACCGGGAGAAGUAGAAACGAUGAAGAUGAGAACGAUAUUUCAGUGGAGCUCGACAGAGAAGAAAUAGAGAUUAACUGCCUAGAACAAGAGGAUGAACGUGAAACUGAAAAGAUUAAACUGAAAAAUAACAGUAACAGUCAUCACUUUACUAAUGAUGAUGGAGCAGGUAGCACAGAUAAUAACACAGCAAGUAAGAGAAAUGCGGGUGUCAGAAAACAGUUGUCUGUUUUCAUGUGCUGUGGACAGAAAGCUGAUACAAAGAAGGGCAAGCAGGCAGUUUCGAAAGACUUGGAAAAGAAACCUGCCUUUACAGGAAUUGGCCUGGUUUAUGCCUUGUUGGCUUCGUUUCUUUUCUCAGUAAUAGCCCUUUUAGCGAAGAAAAUAGAGGGAGUCCAUUCUGUGGAAAUCAGUUUGAUCCGAUGUUUCUUCCAGAUGCUGUUUCUCCUUCCUGCCAUUAUUUAUAAUAAAACUGGAUUUUUGGGACCAAGAGAUCAGAGAAUCUUUCUCUUUCUGAGAGGGUUUCUCGGUGCAAAUGCAAUGAUUCUGUUAUUCUACGCCGUGCAGCAGAUGCCUUUGGCCGACGCAACUGUCAUUAUGUUCAGUAAUCCAGUCUUUACUGCGAUCUUGGCCUGGAUUUUCCUCAAGGAAAAAUGCACCAUCUGGGACUUUGUCUUCACCCUUUUCACACUGACAGGAGUUAUACUAAUUGCAAGACCCCCCUUCCUCUUCGGGUCCCGCACUGAGGGGAUUGAGGGAGAAUACACAAACCACAUGAAGGGAACCAUUGCGGCAUUUGCAGGCGCAGUAGGAGCUGCGUUCACUUUUGUUGUGCUCAGAAAAAUGGGGAAAAGCGUGCACUACUAUUUGUCUGUGUGGUACUAUGCAGUCAUUGGUUUCAUAGAAUGCGUCAUUGCUCUGUUCGCCAUUCAGGAGUGGAGCUUACCAUAUUGUGGGGGGGACAGGUGGCUUUUAAUAUUGAUAGGGCUGCUGGGAGUAGCAGGCCAGGCCUUUCUCACGAAAGCACUGCAGCUUGAAAAAGCAGGCCCAGUGGCCUUAAUGAGAACUAUGGAUGUGGUGUUUGCCUUUAUAUUUCAGUUUUUUUUUCUUAAUCGCGCUCCAACCUGGUGGAGUUUUGGUGGAGCAUUCUGUGUAAUUAGCAGUACUAGUGGAAUUGCACUGCGUAAAUGGUAUAUCAAUACAAGAAGUGGGUAACCACAACUACAAUGACGGCCACAGUUAUACUUUAUCUGACCAUAUUCUCUACUAUACAGUUAUGCAUACUAUUAAUAGGGAUUUCACUGUGUUCUUGCCAUAAUCCUAAACCUUUCAUAGAGGAAUAAUCUGAAUUAAUGAGUGCAAUUUUACAUUUCCAAAUGAAACCUAUUUAAGAGUUACUUGGCGUGCUUACGUGCAUAUAAAAAAAAAUGAGGUAUUUAUGAUCAUUUUUAUUUUUGUGACACUUAAAUUGAAAGCUUUAUUUAUAACAACUUUAUUAUUAUUAUUAUUAUUAUUAUUAUUAUUAUUAUUAUAUGAAGGGUUAUAAAUAAAUAUGGGUUAGCUAACUCAUUUGUCAUGUUUUUCUAGGAAAUAUUAAAAUAUAGGCAGUAAAGUGAAUUGUCUUUACAAAGUAAAGAUUACACAUCAAUUAAUAGAAUUUGAAAUAACAUAUAUAUAUGUAUAUAUAUAUAUAUAUUCUGAUCAAUUUGACCUUUCUACUGCAGCUACAGUAUAUUUUCUUAAUGAUUUUAAAUAGUAUAGAUUAAUAACACGACAGCAUAAUUGCACUUUAAUUGCAUCACAGUCUUCCUUGCAAGACCUAGUAAUGACAAAUACCUUGUUAUUCCUCUUGUUUGUAAAUUAGAUUUUUAUUUUAAUAAUUUUUUCAUGCACUUAUGGUCCAUUUUAUUGUUAUCUUAUUAGUUAAAAAAACAUUUAUUAGUUUUGCAUUGUAUCACAUUGUGGUCUAGAUUCCGCAUCAAAUCUACAGGGUUCUGUUUUUUUGUUUUGUUUUUAAUAGUCAUAAUAUAUUAGUUAAUGUUUCAAAAUAAUGAUCGCUCAGGGACAAGUCAUUAGAUGCACUUUUGCCUUUUUGAAUAGAUUUGAGUGUGUGAAUGUUUUAUUUUUUGAAAAAAAUAUCAUACAGCCUUUUCCAUGCAGUAGUGAAGGCCUCACUUCAAGAACCCCCUAAUUAUGUUCAGUAAAUGUCAUGUAUAGGACCAUAAUUGAGAUGUACAUAGCUGCACUAAAACACUUAAAAGUGAUUGUAGCUAUUCUAAAUAACUCCAUAAAGCUGGGUCUAUUGUGCACUUCUUUUUGCUAUAUAGUUCUAAAAUGUGCAGCAUAGCAAACAUGUAUUUUUAUUUUAAAACAUGAUAUUGCUACAAUAGGAUCCAGAAAUAUUGUGUUUGCAAGUCUUGCUCAGGUGUUGUUGCCCUUCCUUGGUCAUUUCACCUGGAUUGUAAAACUGUCCCCAUUUGCAACUAGAAACACAUUUGAACCACAAGACCCUGCUGAAAGGCAGUGAAACAGUAACAGUAAGGUAAGCAAACAGAACUUUUCUUAUCCUAAUGUGCUGUCAGAGGGCAUGUCUUAAAUUGAAAAUACAUGCUUGCACAUUUGAGAUCUAGGCCUAUAUACAGUAACGAACAAAAGUGCAUGACAGGUAAGAUUUAAAAAAUAAUAAUAAUAAUGAAUGCCAAUCUGCCUACAUCCCUCUGGGUAAGUUACUGGAACAGAUCUAGACUCUCCAUGUUGAGAAGGGGGAUUUCCUGAGUUCAGUAUUCAAAGAGUAUGUAGUUUCAUAUGACAUUUUAACUGUUUUUAUUUGUUUUUGUAAUCCUUUUUAUGAUGUUUGUAAUUGUUCUGAGUGUCGUUGCUCAGAUAUUGAAUUGUAUUAAUUUCUGCUUUCUAGUUUUAAGAAAACUAAAAAAAAAAACUGAUAUGAACCAGACAGUAAAUUAGAAGGCCAAAAGUGUUUGAUAUAUAAAGUAAAAAAUCAAUGAGACUCAGCUUCAAAUAUGAUAUGAGGGUUAAGGGAAGUAAAAAUAAAACUGUUAACAUGACAUUUGUUGAUACUCUUUAAUGCUGAGACCCUAAUAUCAACAACACAAACCCCAACUGUUUACAGUAUUUAGGAGGAAAGAGCCAUCACAAUCUUUAUUUAUGGAGCUGUCUUUAUUGCAGAUUAAUUUGUAGGUUUGAGAUUCAUGGAUAACAUUAAAAAAAAAAAAAAAUUGUUUUUUUGCAGCCCUACAAGAAAUCAAUUAUGCAUUCUGUCAGUUUCAUAAAGAUGUCAAAAUAUUAUAAAAUGUCCAUCUAUUUUUACAAUAUUCGUACUGUAUGUGCAAUUUGGUCCUAUAAGCACUGAAUAUUCAAUAACAAUUUAGAGAUAUUUUUCUACUCAAAACGUUUUUAAAGUCCUUGAUACUGUAUAAAACUAUAUAUUUUGGAAUGAUCAGGCUAUGCUUAUUUUUUUUAAAAAGAUGAUUAUUAGAAAAGGUUGCAUAAAUAUUUUACAAUAUAAUGUUAAAAAAAAACAACUUAGUCUCUCAAUGGAUUUCAACCUGUAUAAGAAUAGAAUUAAAACUUUUCCUCAAACCAAAAUAUGUGUUUUGUGUUGUUUCUAUUAAAUAAUGUUUGGAGGAAGUGUCUUUAAAAUAAAAUAAUAAAAUUGCUCAACAUGGAAACCUAACCCUAUUGCAUGUGAUCUAAUUACAUUGACGUCUACUUUCUAGUUCUCAGUGUGUAUAUAACAGUCUUAUUCUUUUUGUGUGAUUUGUUUUGUUUGCACUUUGUUUUAUUUUUAAUAGAAAUACAGAACACGAUUUGAUAGUCAAGUAUAUUUU